CGGCUUUCAGGACAGAGCGGCAGGAUGGGACAAGAGGCUAGCGCAGCAACAGGGAGGAGAAAUUAAAAAAAAAAAAUACACAAAACACAACUCAGGGAAGUGUUUCUGAUUGUUGUACAAUGAAGAAGCGACUGUGAGGUACUAAUACACGUUGUGAAAAUGAUCCGGACACUCAGCGUUGCCACUUUUAAGUCUGUUGUUGGGGCAGCGAAGCCGGUAAAGGACAUUACAACCAGACGGCUGCACAGCACAUAUGACGUGGCCGUGGUGGGAGGUGGCAUCGUUGGCCUGGCAACAGUCAGAGAGCUCAUUCUGCGACACCCGUCCCUCAGCUUCAUCCUGCUGGAGAAAGAAAAAGAGCUUGCUGUGCACCAGAGUGGGCACAACAGUGGAGUCAUUCACAGCGGCAUCUACUACACGCCAGGGUCGCUGAAGGCCCGUCUGUGUGUCCGAGGAGCCACUUUAGCCUACGAGUACUGUGAGAAGAAAGGACUCCCUUACAAGAAGUGUGGAAAGCUUAUCGUGGCUGUGGAGCAGGAGGAGAUACCCAGACUGCAAGCUCUAUAUGAGCGCGGCAUGAAGAACAAUGUGCGUGACCUCAGUAUUGUCGACGCCAAGGGAAUCCGAGAGCGAGAGCCAUACUGCAGGGGUAUAAUGGCCUUGGACUCGCCCUACACUGGCAUCGUGGACUGGAGGAUGGUGGCUCUCAGGUACGGCCAAGACUUUAAGGAGGCAGGCGGCACGGUGGUGACCGAAUCUGAGGUCAAUGACAUUUCCAUGGUCACAGAGAGUCCAGCUGGGAGCACUGAAGGAAUGAAAUACCCAAUCGUAAUCAGAGACAAAAAGGGUAACGAGGUGCGUUGCCGUUACGUCCUGACCUGUGGGGGCCUGUACUCAGAUCGCCUGUCGCAGAUAUCUGGAUGCAGUCGGGAGCCGCGGAUCGUCCCCUUCAGAGGAGAUUAUUUGGUCCUGAAGCCAGAGAAACACUAUCUGGUCAAGGGAAAUAUCUACCCUGUCCCUGACCCUCGUUUCCCUUUCCUUGGAGUUCACUUCACCCCGAGGAUGGAUGGAGGUGUUUGGCUCGGCCCCAACGCCGUCCUCGCCUUCAAAAGGGAGGGAUACAAAGUGUACGACUUCAAUGCUCGAGACUUUGCAGAUGCGCUCUCAUUCAGGGGCCUUCAGAAGCUGGUGAUGAGGAACAUAACGUACGGGAUCGGAGAAAUGUAUCGAGGGGUUUUCAUUGGUGCACAGGUUAAAAUUCUGCAGAAGUACAUCCCUGAACUCUCGCGGAGUGACGUGCUUAGGGGUCCUGCAGGAGUCCGAGCUCAGGCUCUCGACCGAGACGGAAAUCUCGUGGACGACUUUGUGUUUGACGGCGGGGUCGGGGACGUGGGCAGUCGGGUGCUCCAUGUGCGGAACGCUCCCUCGCCUGCGGCCACCUCCUCCCUCGCUAUCGCUGAAAUGAUCGCAGAUGAGGUGGAGAGUCGCUUCGCGCUGUAGAGCAACAUGGUGAUCGCAGAAGGAAAGAGAUAAAACCAAAAUAGUCCAGCUUGAGGUGGCAAAGUGAAACUAUGUUGUAUCAAACUUUGAUAUGUAUUUUUUUUCCUCUACUUUUAGAUGCCAGGUGUGUUUUUUUUACUGGGUUCUGACUAUGCAAGAGCAAUUUGUCUCUGCAGUUUGAACAUUGUAAAUCCUGCUGGUUUCUGUCCUCAAAGAUGGAAUAUUUCAUCAUUAAAUGUAAAAAGAUGAUGAUCUCUAGUUUCGUGCCAACAAUCUGUUUGAGAAAGUUGGGUGUCUUUUCAAAAAAAUUGUUAAAACUCUUCUUGUAACGCACAAUUAUACCUACAGAACGCACAGUUUAUGAAGAAAGACGGGUUGUUUUUUGGCCAUUUUGGACAUUAAAAACAAUUUGAAAUCAUAUCACCAUUAAAUAUUCUAGUCUUAUGUCAUAUUCACAUUGAUGUAAACUAAGAACACUUAAAUGUUUUAUAAGUUGGUUAUGUUUUUGUGUGUGUGUGUGUGCUAAUUUUAUAUAAUUCUGUUUGAUAUUGCUCUUUGUUAUAGCUUAAAAUUUUGUCGAUAAUGUUUCUAUAAAAUUGCUAUUAUUUCAUGGCAUUUAUUGACAAAUGAAUGUUAAAGUAUUUUUUUUACCAUAAUGCAUAUUUUUGAAUAGCAAAAGUAACAGUAAAAGUGUGAUUUGUGCUGUAUGCUAUUUAAAUAUAGGCUACAUAUCCUGAAGUACUUUUUAAUAUUAGAAGCAAAGUAGUGAUUUCUGGCACAACUUCACCAUAUUUCAAUGGAAGUGCAUGGAGAAGGGAAAUGGUGAGUAGAAAACUUUAUGGUGUUUAAAGUUGUUCUUUAUUCCACAAGCUUUUACCUUAUUGGUACUUUUUGGAUUGUCCACAAGGAGGCAGAAUAACAGCAACACAUACUGUAUGGACCCCAAUGUAAGCACAAAAUAAGUCUAAAUUUGAUGCUGUUACUAAAGCUAGUUGUUUUUAAUGUUUUAACUGGGGAUGCUUGUAUAAUGAGAUCUAAAUAAAGGGAAUUUAUUCGCA